GCUGAGUCAGCGGGGCUUUGGAACGCUGGGAUCGACCGUCCGCGCUGAUCUCUAGAGCAUCUCCAAUCAUCUCCAGGAUAUUCUUCAGCUACAUGACUAUGCCGGGGGCUUGAAUUCUGAAUACAUCUGGGAGAGCGUCCAUUUGCAGACGCUAAGAGGCGACGAUGUGGUGGAUCUAAUCAAUGAGGUUGUGAAGCUCUUCAGGGUUCCCCGCCUCACGCUCAUCUGGUAAAACCCGAGCUGGUGGUAACAUGCAACUUUGCAGACCAGUCGAGCCUGCGAAAUGAAAACGGAAAUGUAUACUUUUCUAGCUACAGUUGCUUCGUAGCAAUUUCUUGGAAUUGUGCAUACUUAUCUGCAAGGCCUUUCUGUUUACUUAUUGGACGGAAGUGAUGCCAUCACGACAACGGGGGUUUCGUCCGGUCUACACUCGAGAUCUAAUGAAAUGGGAUCUUGGCAACAAACUGGAGGCCGCUGGUUUGAGACAUGCUCCGCUUCUAUUGGCCUAGGACAUGCUAAAUCAACAAGUCCGCGGAGGUGAAGAGAUGCAUGGAGAACGUUUGUCCCGAAAAUGCUCCUCGAGAGAUAUAAAGGUCUCGAUCUCUCACACUCACCAGGCCAGGACACCCGUGAUCAUUCGUUGACUGCCACUGGAAGUAUCACCACCAUGUACUAUCCAAAGCUUAUCCUUGGUGCUCUGGCAGCAACCACUGCAAUUGCUCACCCUGGCCCUGACAAAGCCGUGCCUCGCGCGGAAAUUCUGCGGCGCAGUACGCUAGCUAAGCAAUGUGCCAACCAUGCUGCAAAUUUCAAUAGGCGCCGCAUGGCAAAGAGAGCAACGCAGAAGCGUUGGGAAGGAACUGGUCACAGCACGACCUUUGAGAUUACCACGGAUGCUCCUUACUACGAGGCCAUCCAAAACGACACAUGCGUCCUCAGUCCGGAGGUAACUCGUGGCCCCUACGUCUGGCCGCGCUCUCAGACUCUACGUCAGGAUAUGACGGAGGGCCAAAGAGGUGUGCCUUUGUGGCUUGACGUGGGGGUCCUCAACUUGGCAACCUGUGAGCCCUUGCCGAAUGUCCUUCUUGACUUCUGGCAUUGCAAUGCGACGGGCUCUUACUCCUCGUUUACCCACCUUUCGCCGAAUAUCGAAUUUGAAAAGCUCCUGGCUCAGCUGAACAUCACUGAUUUUGAGAUUGGAGUCACCGAUCUCCAUACGGAUGAUACUACCUUCCUACGGGGGAUGUGGCCUACCGACGAAGAUGGAGUCAUGGAGAUCAAGACCAUAUUUCCCGGAUUUUAUGUCCAACGUGCUAUUCAUAUCCAUGUUCAAGCGCACACUGACUGGAGCGUUCGAGGAAACGGCACCAUUGUUUCAGGCAAUACUGUAAGCACUGGACAGCUCUAUUUCGAUGAAGCCCUUUCGCAGAAGAUUAUGAGCUUGGAACCUUACGCAUCUCACACCCAAAUCGAUCGUACCCCCAACGUAGAAGACUCUAUUUUCCCCGAGGGCACCGAAGGAGGAUUCAACCCCGUUGUAUCCGUUGUCGCUGCGGAUGGUAAGGAUGUCGCCAAAGGGAUGAUCGGAUACAUCACUAUCGGUGUGGACACAGCUGCAAUUGAUACAUUUUAAGGAAUGAUGGCACAUAUUGUGAGUAGGUCAGUUAGACAGAGGACUACCUAGGUUUGCCGAGAAUGAUAGCAAGAGGGAGAGAACUCUUUAGGGCAUAUCAACUGUACCAAAACAAAAGGAAAGAAAAGAAAGUCUAGGUUGUAUACCAGGGUUUAGUAGAGUAGGGAAGGGGGUGUGUCAUAAAUUCCCUAACCAAGGUUAUCGAUUUAAAAUCAUGUGGAGAGGGAGAGAAAAGCACUAACCUUAAAGGCUGACAAGGUACUCCGGGGGAAAACCCACCAUUUCCGUCCAUUAUUAGUAAAGUCAAUUCUG